AUCUGGAUAUGGAUCGUGCCAGAGAAAUAUAAGGACUUAAGUGGCCAAGACGUCACAGUGGUGCUGUUGGAUUCAGAGGGUGUUGACGCUGCUCUCAGUAAAGGUCGUGACGACUAUCAGAUAUUUACUUUAACCGUUCUGUUGGCUUCCGUGCUUAUUUAUAACUCAAGUGGUGUUCCCACAAGGCGUGAUCUCGAUAGUUUGCACUUUAUCUCUAAGCUGUCUGAACGAAUCCAUGCAAGAUCUAACUGGAAAGAAACUGAUAAGAAAAAAGAAGAAGAGUUCUUACACAGAACGUUUCCUUUCUUUAUUUGGUUGCUGAGAGAUGAAGUGCUCUCCAUUCCACGCGACUGCAAAGACAUCAAGGAUUACUUCUUGAAAAAGGUUUUCCGUCAGAAUGCUCCCCGAAGUAGGAGUGAUGUACCAGAUGUAGCCGAAGGCAUCUUGAAGUUCUUUCCUGGUUUUAAUGCGUUUGCCCUAUCCCCUCCUUCAACUGAUCCAAAUGUGUUAAACAAUCCUAACACGAAAAAGGAUCAAUUACAGCCUCAAUUUUUGAGUGAAUUAGAGCAGUUUAAGAAGAUGAUAAAGUCCAUGCUAGUCCCAAAACAAAGCAGCACUAAAGGAGAGCUUGUAACUGGAGAAGGUCUUGCCGCCCUGGUCACCCAUUACAUUUAUAGUACCAUCAACACUCCUGAUGUGGUUCCAAACGUUCAGGUCGCGUGGGAUCUGUUUGUUAAAGACAAGUGUUCAGACACCAUAAAGAAAUGUCAACAGAAAUAUAACGAGCUUAUGGACUUAAAACUGCCAUGUGAUAAUGCUGAGAUACAUUUGUGUCACGAAUCCGCAAUGGAGGAAACUAAAGAUCUGUUCAUGGCGGAAAUGUCUGGCAUUUCAACAACCACAGUGGAGAAGCAACUGAGGGAACUGAAGAGUUUUUUCAAGAAACGGUUGAACGAAUGGAAGACUGAGAAUUCAAGGUUAACAAGACAAUUCUGUGAUGAUCUUCUGUUACAACUAAAAACAAAACACCUAGAUCCGGUCAUUGAGCAGCUUCAAGGAAGAGAAAGUUUAGAUUCAUUCGAUGACAUGCUGCACGUUUAUCGACAAAUCAAAGAUGACUACGAGGCAAGCGCACUGGGUGCUAAAGAUGCCAUUGCUGAGGCGUUCUCCGACUUUCAUUCCAAACUAGCUGCGGAUACAAAACAAUACCGUGAUAAACUGAAACAACUGAAAGAUUUUGACCAGAGAGCCGCGAGGGAAAUAGCAGCAGCAGUUUUCAUAGAGCGGGAAAGGAUACGGCUUGAGGAAGUCAACGCUGGUUUGCAGCAGGAAAAUCGAACAAUGGAAAAGGAGAUGCAAAUGCUGAUUGCCAGAUCAGAAAAGGAGAAAGCUGGGCUGCUAUUGCUAAAGGAAGAAAUGAUGAAAAAGGAGCGCGAACAAUCGCAGAAUAUGCAGCAGGCAGGCCUGAUAGAAGCCCAGCAGCAAAGGGAAACCUACAUCAAAGAAAACCAAGCCCUUGGCGAGCGGCUACUGGAGGUGCAAAAUGAAAACGAGGAACAAAUGAAAGUGAUGAAGAGCAUUUCAGAAAUGAUCGUUGUACACCAAAGGGAGAAAGAGCAGCUUCUUGAUCAAAUGGAGACACUUUCACCAGAAGAGUUAACAGAGUCAAUGAAGGAGCUAGAAAGAAGGCAAUCAGAAGAAGUAAAUGCACUCCUGAUAAAGAUGGAAGCUCGUGUGGGUGGCAUCAAAUCAAGCGGCGGGGAAUACUUCAACGCCACACUGAAAGACGACGAGGAUCUGCCAGACAUGAUGACUUCGAGGGCACAAAUCGCUCGGGAUCUACACCAAAGGUUGGCAGAAAACGAAAGAAAUCAAAGGGAUCUUACAACGGGUGAAAUCCUGAAGCAAGUCCUCAAGUUUAUGGGAGAUGUUGCACCAGUGGUUGGCAAAGUAGCAGCUCUUCAUCCAACGUGUUCACCUUAUGCUAUGCCAGUGGCCUCAGCCGUGGUAAGCAUUGCCGAAGCUGCGCAGUCUCUUGACUGCAGUAUCAUGUAACUAUUAUCUCCAAGAGAUUUCUUGAAUACGCUUGCAGAAACAGAACGUGGACUAGAAGUUAAAUGAUACGAAACUGUAUUUGGGAUUUCAUUAAAGUAACCAGUGAAAAUUAUAUAGGAUUAAAACUUUUUAGGGUUUUGCAAAAAAAAUUAAUGAUUUUGAUCAAGGAUGACAAUAACAUGAUGCCUAAAUCGUGUCUUCAAUUCUCAUUUCGUCAAUUCCUCUUUGUGUUGACUGCUGUUCUUGCCCUCCCCCCCCCCUUUCCCCUAUUCCUACCCUAGGCCCCAGUUAUUCGAGGGGUAGGUAACUCUCUCCACUAGAUAAAUCUCUUUCCGGUGGAUAGUGCAGUAAGUUUUGUUAACUCUUAUCCACUGGAAAUCGUGAUCGAUUUAUCAGUUGGAUAGCGUUAUUCACUCAGGUGUUUAAAUAAGAUUAGAUAAGACUCUGUAAGCUGAAGAAAAGUUCCUCUUGUGAUUUGAAAAAUGAGAAGAGGAAUUAUGCAUAUUUGCAUUAUGUAUGAAAAAUAUUUUCUUAAUAGACAUUCUGAACAAUCAUAUCUCCUGCAGGUCAAAGAAAACGCACAUCUAGGAAGCUCAUGAACUUAUCAAAAUUCAAAACGCCAUAGAAUAUCAACACAUGAACUUAUCAAAAUUUCUGUUGUAAGUCGUAAUCUGGUUGCAAUCUGUGGCAAGCCUUCAGCCUCGUUAAGAGCAGUUUCAGCUCUCAAUCCUUGUAAUGCUUGCUGAAAAAAAAUUAUCUGCGUGGAAUUUAUUUGUGUAUAUUGGAUAACCCUUCGAUCAACUGGCGUUGAAGCGUUUGAGGAAAGUUCAUUCUUGUGGCCUGUCUGCUGGGUCGGUGGGAAUGUGUGUGCCUUCCAUGCUCAGUGGGUUACUCUGAUAUAGCUCUGAUUGGUCAAUUGGCUGCCUUUCAAAACUUUUUUAGAGAAAAAAAUUAAAAUAUUUUGGUUCCAUAAAUUUGCCAAAAAUUUUGCUUUAUUAUUGAUUGUAAUUUGACCAAAUACUAUUUGAACAACCAGAGAAUUUCAUCUUUUUUCUAUUUAGCACUUUUAAGAUAAAAUGUUUAAGGUCUUAGGUUUUUAUUUUUACUGAAUGGAGUGUUUGUAUGAUCAGUUCUAAGUUAAAGAUUCAAAAUUCAGUAUUAUUCAUUUAUUCAUGUUUGAAUACAGCAAUUUUAAUAACUGUAUUUUCAAAUCAUAUAAUUCCAUUAGAAAAUAAGACCUUUUUUUAACUAACUAGCUAACUAACUUUUUGGCACUGGAGCAGCUUCAAUGAAUGAUUCUUUAAUAAAUAACUGUCAGAUCAGUGAAAAAAAAACCUGAGUCCUUUUGUAAAUAAAAAAAGGCCUUAUUUAGUUAUAUUUAGGCUUUUUAUGCUCACAAAGUUUGUUUUCAGGCCAGUAAACUGUACAUUGUCUAUGAUAUACAUGUCUAAUUUCACCUAACUUUGUAUAUUUACAAGCGUGACAUUCUUCAAGCUGUCACAGUGGUUACCACUGAUAAACUUUCAUGAUCAUAAGCCUUCUUUCAACUCAUGCUUUAGGCAGAUUAAAAUUUGAAAAUUGAUAA